UAAAAAAGAAAAAGAGAGAAUUUAAUUUUCAAAAUCGAAAAAAUGACCAGAAAAGAAUUAAAAAAAAAUUAAAUCUCUCUUUCUUUUCUUUUGAUCAUCGUCAUUUCACCUUCGAUUUCAGCUUCUUCAGGGAUUAUAUUGAAGUGAUUGAAGAAAGUAUUGAUCUUUCACAAGAAGAGAAUCCGGUGAUAGGUCUACACUUUGGAACCUUUAGCUUGAAUAGUUUGAUGAAAGUAUUGUUUCUUUGGGUUUUGACGUGUGUCUACCCAGGUUUUUGUGGAAAAUGGAGAUUUUUAUUCUUGGAUCUUGCUCUUGGUUAGGAGGUUUGGAAUGAAUUUGGGGUUUAUUGUAAAAUUUAGGAUUUCAGAGUUUUAUGUUAGUGUAAGAAGCUAGGAUUUAGAUUGACAGGACUAACAAUGUCGGUGGCUAGUGUAGCUUUUAGUCCUGUGCGUGGAGAGUCUUUAGAUUCUCGUUGCAAUUUCCCUUGGCUGUGUGGUCUGCGCACUAGUGACUCUAUUGUAAUAUUUCUUUCUGUUGGGGGAUCAGUCAUUCCAAUGCGAGUUAUGAAGUCGGAUUCAAUUGCUUCGGUGAAGCUGAGGAUUCAAGCUUCCGAAGGUUUCUUUGUGAAGAACCAAAAAUUGGUUUUUGAAGGGAGGGAACUAGCACGGAGCAAUUCGCAAGUAAGAGAUUAUGGUGUUGCGGAUGGAAAAGUUCUGCAUUUGGUGCUCAGGCUUUCGGAUCUACAAGCUAUAACUGUUAGGACCGUUUGUGGCAAAGUGUGUGACUUUCAUGUUGAUAGGGGUAGAAGUGUAGGCUAUGUUAAGAAGCAGAUAGCUAGGAAAGGGAAAUUUUUUGAACUUGUUGAACAAGAACUGAUAUGUGAUGGUGAGGAGCUCGAAGACCAGAGGCUCAUUACUGAUAUUUGCAAAAGUAAUGGUUCUGUGAUUCAUUUGCUCAUUCGGAAAUCUGCCAAAGUGAGGGUAAAACCUGUUGAGAAAGAUUUUGAAUUGUCUGUUGAGGCAUUAGAUUUGAAUGAUAAGGAAGCUGACAGUGUAGGAGAGCACAAACAGGGUGCUUUAUCUAUGGGAUAUAGGGGUAUAGAGAGGAAACCACUAUUACAACAGUUCGUACUGGAACCACUAAUUGUUAAUUCCAAAAUUCAACUGUCAUUGGUUAUCAGAGAGCUAAUCAAGUCAACUUUAAAUGGGCUGGAGAGGGGCAAUGAACCAAUUCGAUCUUCUGAGGGAUCUGGAGGAGCUUAUUUCAUGCAAGAUUCAUCUGGUCUGAAAUAUGUUUCUGUCUUUAAGCCAAUUGAUGAGGAGCCAAUGGCUGUAAAUAAUCCUCAGGGGCUGCCCUUGUCAGUUGAUGGUGAAGGAUUGAAGAAAGGCACUAGAGUAGGACAGGGUGCAUUGCGGGAAGUUGCAGCUUACAUUCUGGAUCAUCCAAAGAGUGGACCACACUCAUUUUCUGGUGAGGAGAGAGGCUUUGCUGGGGUUCCACCCACAGCAAUGGUCAAGUGUCUCCACAGAGGAUUCAAUCAUCCUGAUGGUUAUGAAUUUGAUUCCAAGAAUAUCAAAAUUGGUUCAUUGCAGAUGUUCAUGGAGAAUAAUGGAAAUUGUGAAGAUAUGGGUCCUUGUGCUUUCCCUGUAUCUGAGGUGCACAAAAUCUCAGUGUUGGAUAUUAGAUUGGCAAAUGCAGAUAGGCAUGCUGGGAACAUAUUGGUCAGUAAAGAUGGUGAGUGUGGCAAGAUUGUGCUUAUUCCAAUUGAUCAUGGUUACUGCUUGCCUACAAAUUUUGAGGAUUGCACCUUUGACUGGCUUUACUGGCCUCAAGCGCAACAGCCUUACUCCCCUGACACUGUUGAGUACAUCAAAGCUCUGGAUGCUGAGCAGGACAUCGCACUUCUGAAGUUUCAUGGGUGGGAUAUACCACCUGAGUGUGCUCGCACCCUUCGCAUUUCCACUAUGCUUCUGAAGAAAGGAGUGGAGAGAGGUCUUACUCCUUUUGCCAUUGGAAGCAUCAUGUGCAGGGAAUCAGUGAAGAAGGAAUCCGUGAUUGAGCAGAUUAUUCAAGAAGCUCAUGAUGCUGUUCUCCCAGGGAGCAGUGAGGCUGCCUUUCUUGAAGCUGUAUCACUAAUCAUGGAUCGUCGUCUUGAUAAGCUGUCCUUGUGAGUCCAGACUAAACUUGUAGAUAUGUUACUUGUUUGCAUUAGCUAUUAUGCGCAUGCAUGGAGAAUGAAUGGUGGAACUUUAUCCAUGUUUUAAUGGCGUUUGGUUCUGUGUAAUCUGGAUUGGUUGCUGGAACUUAUUGCCCCAUCACUUGCUUCAUGUUGUUCAUACAUCUGACCUUGUGCAGCAAGCCUCAGUCUCUUGUGCUUGUCCUUUGACCCUGUAUUGAAUGAAAAUGGCUUUUGACAAUUUACCUGAAAUAAUAUGUUUUUGUUGAUUUCA